AUGGAUAACCUAUCGCCUCCACCGGGCCUUCACCGAAGUGGCAGCACCGAAAGUGACGAUUUCUCCAUUGUACCUCAGCGGCCCAGGGUCGCCGGACGAUUAAUUCGUAAGACAAGUGCUGAGAUAGUGAGUGAAGCGAAGAGUAUGUUGGCUGGAGGAGGAACACGGUUAGUUUCGGCGAGGAGACCGAUCACGCCACGUGAACCGAAGAGGCAACUCUAUGGACGAGUGGCCCCGCCGGGGCGCCCUCCAAGUGCGAUCAACUUGAAGUACCUCCAGCAACAGGAAUCUCGUGCAUUACCCUUACUGGAGCCCUUGCACACUAGUGGACCCACGGCCAGUUGUAGUUUUUCCCGUUCGGAAUCGGUAGAUUCGAUUGAUUAUAACGGCACCACUGGUGAUACAGCGGUCCUUAGCACUACCGUUAAAAGACGCGAAAAACUUCCAGCCAUUAUUCAUAUUCCCCACAAAGGAGCAAAUUCACUGGAAAACACGGCAGUUGUUGGGAGUUCAAAUGAAGAUAAAUCAACAUACCAUAAACCGGUUGCGGAAUCUAAAAAAACGGCACCGUUAGUUGCUAGCACUGAUAGCAUUGUUAAGAAUCAUCCAUUGAAGCGAAUGGCCGCUCAAUCGGCGGAUGACAAAUCGCCCAAAGUUGAGACCACUGAGCCACACAAAGGAAAAGAGAAGAACACCUUACAAAAUCAGGCCAAGCUGCUCAGACGCAGUAAUGAGGUGCUGGUGCAAACUUCGACAGAAUCGUUGCUGGAAAUGCUGAAAGCCCACGCAGGCUUGAAGGAGUGCACCGAGAGUGACAUCGUCCAUAUCAGCGCGAUUCUAGAUGAACUAUUCGUAAGAGUUAAAGGAUCAAAAGGUAGCUGGCGCGGUGCCGUUUUGGGUGCACUGUACGGCUUGGUGGAAGCGUCUUCCCCAAAGAUUCUACUGUCGGUCGCCUGCGUGGUUUUGGCGAUGAAUGUUACCGGCAGCAAUCUUACCGGGGCCUGUAAGCUCGUCUUCAAGAUUGCUCGAAAUGAGCAUAAUGAUGAUUUGUUUAUGGGCAGUGAAGUACCAGAACUUUUGGUGGAUGGACUCGGACGAGCGUCACCAAUUGACGACUCGGAGGCGUGUAUUUAUGGAUACGGUGCAGUGCGGUUUCUUGCUGGAUCUGCAAACGCGUCAAACGUUGAGGAUAAGCGUGAUCAAUGCACAAAUGACGACACUGCUUUGCAGCGAUCCCUUGCUGUCCGUCUCGCAAACCAUGGCCUCGGUCAGCUUAUGGUGUUACACCUGAAAAUGAUCAACGAAGCCGCGUCAAGCAAAAGUCUUACUGGUGCACCGUUACACGCGUUAUUUCAACUGUCUGGAGCUUUGCGGACCCUGGCCGAUACCUUUUCCACGUUGCAAAUGAAUGAUGAUAAACUGUCGGAUCGUCGUCCAUACUCGGGCGAGGCUGAUGUAGUAGAUGACAUGGCGCAGAUCGACCAGGCGGUCCCAUUGUUGGUGCGGGCAGCCGAAAUGUGUAUCAACGAGCUUGAAGUGCAGGCUAACAUCAUCCGCACGCUGAGUGUUUUGUCGGAGCGUUCGGAAUGCUGCGAGCAGUUGGCGGAAACCGCACCUCGGCUAGGAAUCCUGCUCGGCUCGGUAACCCAAACUAGUUCGACUGUGGAAAAAGGUCUGGCCACCGUCAACCGGUUGGGGUACAUUCUUGGCAAUGUUAUGGCCCGCUGGGACGCGGCGCGUGUGCAAUUUUACAACUGUGACGUAUCCUGCGACGCCCUGUUGGCGUGCUUGGAUUACUACGCGAAUAAGAGCUUCACGUGGAAGAACCAAAUGGGAGACUCAAUCGUGAACGUGCUGACGAAGCUAAUUCGCAUCGUAGCAAACAUGUGCGUCAAUGGAGAUGUUGGGUAUGGUAUGAGCAAGCGUUCACCAUUGGGUGAAAUUCUUUUAAGCGUACUACUCAAAGUAAGGGAUCAUAAGACAGCAGAGAUGGAAGAACUACUGUUUGCAACUCUUGGAGCGUUGCACAACUUGUCCUACUAUUAUGAGGUUAACGACACACAGGCAACACUCCUCGUUAUUCCUGGCAGCAUUUGCGAGCGCUUGAAAGACAUUUGUGGAACAUUGUGUAGCAUUUUGGACAGUGACUACAAUCCUGCGCGAUCGGAGGUUGCACGAGUUCUCGGCAACAUGACUAGAAGUAGCUUGGUGCGGCAAGUGUUUGGCGAGGAAAAUGGGCUGAAGAUACUGAAAGGAUGUCUUACUUCGGGUGACGACGAGCUUAUCGUUACGUCCUGCGGCGUGUUGGUGAACAUUCUUGGUGAUUGGGGCCAACGGGGACCGUUCCAGGAGAUCGAUGGCCCAUCGAUCGUACGGCGUAUUUUACGGCGGGGCGUCACCAAUCGUGACUGGAUUAUGGCAGCGAUUGCAUCGCAGGCAAUUUGGAACUAUUUGAACGAUACUGGUGAUAUUCUGCAGAUGCUGACAAAGUCGGAGAUCGAUUUGAUAAGCGGUGAUUUGGCCGAAGGACUCGAUGAAGAAAGCCUGUUCCAUGCUAAUGAACCCGAUCAUUUUUGGGAAGAUUUUGCACCAGUUGCCACUGACCUGCUCGAACGGUUACAAUUCUGCAUUUCCGAGGGAAACUCUAUUUGUGAAACAUCUGAAGAUGAAGCAACAGACGGUGCUAGAUACGGUUGA